AUGGCUGCGGAAUCGGAGAAUCCCGACACGCUGCUCUACAAACUCACGUUCUACGUUCCUCAAUCACAUACACAAACGUGCCUCGAUGCACUUUGGUCCACGGGCGCAGGAAGAUGGCCCAACGGUCCCAGGGCUAGCGCUUGCGAGCCCCCAAAGUACACAGACGUCGCAUUUAUUAGCCCUGGGAUGGGCCAGUUCAAAGUCUCAGCUCAUGCAACUCCGCAUAUCGGAACCCCCGGGAAUGGAGAGGCAGAACACGUUUCUGAGGACCGCGUGGAAAUGGUGAUUGUCGGAACAGCGACUGCGAAGAGCGCCGUCGCCAAACUGAGAGAGGUACAUCCGUACGAAGUCGUGGCUCUUUUCGUGGUGCAAUGUGAAGACUUUUGA